AUGCCUAAAGAUACCGCGAAAUCCCAGACGAACCGGCAGGCCCGCCACAAUCCCCUCUACGAAGAUUUAACCGUAUCUAAAACGGUUUCCUCAAAGCCAACCCGUGAGAAACGAAGGGCUUCCAAAGACGCACGCAAGAGCAGCGAUGAGGGCUUUGUUGACUCCACGCUAUCAAGGAAGAUUUUGCAGCUCGCAAAGGAACAACAGGAUGAGCUGGAAGAAGAGAAGCCCUCACAGAGUGGAAAGUCGGUUGUCGAUAAUUUCUUGAUACCCCACCAAGGUGUAGGAGAAUGGGAAGAUGAGAGUGAUGACGAGGAUGAUGACCAGUACCAGGACGAGUACGGUGAUGACGACGUUGCGGAGGAAGUGAGAGUAAAUGAGGAAGACGAAGAGUUAUUCAACAAGUUCUUACCGUCAACGAGCGAACGCCCAGCGGUCUCGCUCGCAGACAAGAUUCUAGAAAAGAUCGCACAACAUGAAAGCUCACUACAAGCCAAAGGUGGCCAAACCGGUAUGGAUAUUGAUGAGGAGCGAGCAGAGCUGCCCCCCAAGGUGAUCGAAGUCUACACCAAGAUUGGAGUAUUGCUGUCGAGAUACAAAUCUGGAAAGCUCCCAAAGCCAUUUAAGAUCAUCCCAAGUUUGAGAAAUUGGGAGGAAAUACUCUUCCUGACAAGGCCAGAUGAAUGGUCUCCUCAUGCCUGCUACGAAGCCACCAAAAUGUUCGCCAGUAACUUAAAUGCCGCACAGACACAAAGAUUCCUUAAUCUCAUCCUCCUUGAUCGAGUCCGUGACGACAUUUACGAACACAAGAAGUUAAAUGUCCACCUGUAUAAGGCCCUGAAGAAGGCCCUUUACAAACCAGCCGCCUUCAACAAAGGCUUCCUUUUCCCACUAUGUUCAUCGGGAACAUGCACCUUGCGUGAAGCUCAAAUCGUCGGCUCGGUACUUACAAGAGUGUCAAUUCCGGUAUUACACUCCGCUGCCGCACUCCAGCGGUUAUGCGAAAUGGACUAUGCCGGACCAACGAGUAUAUUUAUCAGGGUAUUAUUGGAGAAAAAAUACGCCUUACCCUACAAGGCCGUUGAUGCCGUAGUAUUUCACUUUAUUCGCUUUGCAAAUAGUGAUGAGGCGAUGCCUUUAUUGUGGCACCAGAGUCUUCUGAGCUUUGCAACAAGGUAUAAAAAUGACAUUACUGAGGAUCAAAGAAAGGCGUUGUUCGAAUUGGUGAGGAAAAAGGGCCAUCCAGCAGUCGCUCCCCAAAUUGUGACGGAAUUAGAGGAAGGCAGAAAGGGGGGAAGAGAAGAGAUGAUGCCUCCGGGAGAUGGUGACGGCUUGAUGGAUGAUGUUAUGGAUGAUAUAUAA